AUGGAGAUGUAUGCCAAAGACAAUCAAACAAAUCAAGCCUUCUCUUCACCAUGGGGUUAUCAGCAGAUAUUAGAAUACUUAAAGAUGACUUAUUGCUUAUGCCAACCCUCUGGGAAAAGCUUUGAAGGCCAUGAUUACUGCAUAUGAAAUAAUAAAGAGAAAAUUCAUAGACUUACAACUUCAAGAUCAAACGGAGCCAUCAAAUGCGAAAUUCUUCAAAAAAAGUGAGGUUUGCUCAGAUUCGGAGAAUUUGGUAAUCAGAGUUCCUGUAACUCAAUCAAAUAACCAAAUAUUCAUGAACAAAGUGGAAAGUAGGAAACAUCAAGAAGAGACAAAGACAACUAAAGCUGUUAACAAGAGGAGAAGCCGUUCAACUCGACUUGAUAUUAGAGAAAAGCUAAUAAACCUUCAGAGGCUUAUCACGGAAGGAAAAAUUCUUCAAUUCUUUUCCAAAGUCAAAAAGACUAGGUAUACCUCUGAUAAGUACCUUGGUAGAAGAUCUAAGUACAUUGGAGUUUCCAAGAACAACACUCAUUGGCAAGCCUUGAUCAAUGUGAAUCAUGCUAAGAAGUACAUAGGUACGUUUAUUGAUGAAGAAGAAGCUGCAAGAACUUACGACCUCUACUCAGCCGCUAUGCAAGAUAAGAAGGCAUUCUUAAAUUUCAGUUACACAGCCUCAGAAAUGAUGCAGAUGAUCACUUACUUCCUUGCUAAUGGCUCCAUCAAGCCCCAAGAAUAAUUUUUGACCUAAAAACUCAUUUUCAAAUAAUUAUAC